GAAUAAUUGUUUUCUCAUUCCUCAAGUUAUUUUCAUUCGUCACUUCAUUAUAGAACCCUCCCUAUACACUUUCAGUCCAAACAAAAUCCUCAAAUUUUUUCACUCCAAAAUCAUCAAAUUCAUGGAGAUCGAUUUCGCUGAAUAUCAACUAAGUGCUGAACUUCGAGGUCAUGAAGACGACGUCAGGAGAAUAUGCAUUUGCGACAAUGCGGGAAUUGCGACGUCGUCUCGUGACAAAACAGUGAGGUUUUGGUCACUUGAUCCAGCGAACAAGUACAAAAUCAUGGAUGAACCGAAGAUUAUGGGGGGGCACACAAGUUUUGUGGGCCCUGUUGUUUGGAUUCCGCCGAAUGAUGAGUUUCCCGAGGGCGGACUUGUUUCUGGUGGGAUGGAUACUUUGGUGAUGGUGUGGGAUUUGAAGAGUGGUGAAAGAGUUAAUGUUUUGAAGGGUCAUUCAAUGCAGGUGACCGGAAUUGCUUUGGAUGAUGGUGAUAUUGUCUCGUGUUCCCUUGAUUGCACUUUGAAGAGAUGGAAAAAUGGAAAGGUUGUGGAUUCCUGGGAGGCUCAUAGUUCUUCAGUGCAAGCUGUUAUAAAACUACCAUCAGGUGAACUUGCCACAGGAUCCAGUGAUUCAACUCUAAAGCUAUGGAAAGGAAAAACAUGUGUGCACACGUUUGUUGGACAUAGUGAUACUGUGCGAGGUCUGGCUGUUAUGUCAGAUUUAGGAGUACUUUCAGCUUCACAUGAUGGUUCUGUGCGACUUUGGGCACUGACGGGUGAAGUUCUGAUGGAGUUGGUUGGGCACACAUCUCUCGUUUAUUCUGUUGAUUCUCACGUCUCUGGUCUUGUGGCUAGUGCCAGUGAAGAUUGCUCGGCAAAGAUAUGGAAAGAUGGUGUUAUGGUUCAAAGCAUUGAGCAUCCUGGAUGUGUUUGGGACGUGAAGUUUUUGGAAAAUGGGGAUCUUGUUACAGGAUGUUCUGAUGGAGUAGUGCGCAUCUGGACAGCAUUGGCAGAUAGAGUAGCCGACCCUGUGGAGCGCGAAUCAUAUUUGUCACUUCUUUCUAACUACAAGCUCAGUAGAAAGACAGUCGGUGGCCUGAAACUGGAGGAGUUACCUGGGUUGGAUUCAUUACAAGUUCCAGGUACAACUGACGGACAAACCAAAAUUGUCAGAGAAGGAGACAACGGUGUUGCAUAUUCGUGGAACAUGAAGGAGUAUAAGUGGGAUAAAAUUGGUGAGGUUGUUGAUGGACCUAGAGAUGGCCUUAAGCGUCCUGUACUUGAUGGAAAAGAGUACGAUCAUGUGUUUGAUGUUGAUAUAGGAGAUGGAGAGCCUAUUCGUAAGCUGCCUUAUAACAGAUCAGAUAAUCCAUAUGACACUGCUGAUAAGUGGCUUCUCAAAGAGAAUCUUCCGCUUUCGUAUCGCCAGCAAAUUGUAGAUUUUAUUUUAGAGAACACCGGCCAGAAGUCAUUUUCUUUUGAUCCAUCAUUCCGUGAUCCUUACACUGGAUCCAAUGCAUAUGUACCUGGGGAAACUUCUUUAAAGCAUGCUAUAUCUUCUAAACCUUCUUUCAAACACAUCCCAAAGAAAGGAUUCCUCAUCUUUGAUGUAGCGCAAUUUGACGGGAUUCUGAAGAAAUUGUCUGAAUUCAACAAUACUCUCCUCUUAAAUAAGGACCAGGCUCAACUGUCACUUACAGAAGUGGCAACAUCUAGACUUGGUGCUGUUGUAAAGAUAUUAAAAGACACAUCAUAUUAUCACAGUAGCAGUUUUGCAGAUGUAGACAUCGACUUGUUGCUAAGGAUACUGAACUCAUGGCCACUAUCCAUGAUAUUUCCAGCUAUCGACAUUUUGCGAAUGAUCAUUUUGCACCCAGAUGGAGCUUCCAAACUCCUGAGGCACAUUAAUGGGGGAAAUGAUGCACUGAUGGAGAUGGUAAAGAAAGUGACAAUGAAUCCAGUGAUCCCAGCAAAUAUUUUAACUAGUAUUCGUGCAUUAAACAAUCUGUUUAAGAAUAUUAUUUUCCACCAGUGGCUCCAAUAUAAUCGAAGCAAGAUACUGGAUUCAUUUUCUGGUUGUUACACAACUAAUAAAAAUGUGCAAUUUGCUUAUUCUACAUUGAUUCUCAAUUUUUCUGUGCUGUUGAUUGAAAAGAGAGAUGAGGAAGGACAAUUACAGGUGUUAUCAGCUGCUCUUGAGAUUGCUGAAGCUGAGAAUUUGGAUCCAGAAUCAAAGUUCCGUGCUCUAGUUGCUAUUGGAUCACUGAUGCUGGACGGUUUAGUGAAGGAAGUAGCAUUAGAUUUGGAUGUCGGGAGCAUUGCGAAAACAGCAAAGUCGUCAAGCGACACAAAAACUGCUGAAGUUGGGGCUGAUAUCGAAGCUCUAGCAAAAUAAACGGCGAUAUGAGAUUAUUUUGCUUUUUGACUCAAGUUUGAGAAAAGAAGAUUCUGUUAAGCUUAUAUACAUGAAUUGUACAGUUGCAGAAUUAUUGUAACUUGUUUUCUGUACUGCUAUUAUUGAAUUUUCAAUGAUAUAACUAAAGGCUAUAACCGUCCCUUCAAUUGACUUAUUUUUUCUUAGUGUUAUGUGAAAAAGUUAAUUAAGUGUACUAUACUGUGUUGAA